AUGGCCCCAGUCAAUCUGUCGCACCGAAGGACGCAUAAUCUGCUCCUAAUCUCUAAACUCCUGAGCCUGAGAGAUACGACAUCACCGCUCACGUUGCUUUUGGACUCCCUAGAGCAGCCCGCCACACCCCUCUUCCAAGAGUAUAUUAGACGCGCCAAGCUCUCCAAAGUCCAUGUCACACUCAUUGCAUUCGAGACAUUAAAGAAACCGGACGGAUGUGAUGCAUUUGUAUCCACCCGUCGCAAAAGUCCGGCAGAUAUCAUCAAGGAAGUAGCUGCAGCCUAUAAACCUUCUGCGACUGGUCCAUCAAAAAGGCGUCUCAUCAUAAUUGAUGCUAUCAAUCCUCUUCUAAACUCAAGAAAUGUUGAUCCAAAUUUCCAUCUGCCUUCUUUCUUAGGCGCUUUUAUCGCCCCUUCAAAUCCCGCAGCUCCCAAAUCUGAUGCGUCUCUCGUCGUGACUUACCAUCAAGAUGUUCCGGGCAUCCCCCCGCUGAACUCAUACUUGCCAUCUUCAUUCUCAAUCUUGACUUAUCUCGCCACCAGUAUUAUUACUCUGCAUUCUUUCUCGCACAUUCUAGCACAAAAGGCCGCCCGCAACCGCAGUCUGGUUGCCCCCGUCUUUGGACUUGAAGAAGAACAAGAUGGUGUCCUUCUGGGCAGACUUGAUAAGUUGUCCGGCACUGGAGCCGCUGAGGGUAUCGUGCUUGAGCUGGAACACCGUCGAAAGAGUGGACGAGGUGUUUUGGAAUGGUAUCUUCUUCCACCAGCAUCCCGGUACUCAGCAAAUCAGGUGAAGGAGAUCGUUACCCUUCUCGACGAUAACAUUCUCUAUAACCCCCCCAUUGAGAACGAUGAAAAUGGCGAGGAGGAGCCUCAGUCAACAUUUGAGCUGGGCCUGACAGAUCGCCAGAGACGUGAUAGAGAGGGUGUUGUUUUGCCUUACUUUGAUGCGCAGAAAGGAGAUGGUCCCGGUGAAGGAGGCCGCAUUCUUUACGACAUGGGCGAGGAAGAUGACUUUGAUGAAGAAGAAGAUGAAAUAUAG